UUGGUUGAAAUUAUCGAAAUAAGACAAUUUUUAACAUGAAAUAAAUUCGAAUACAAAAAUAUUUUUCUGUUCUAUAACACAAAAUAGAUAAGUAUACGAAGUUUGAAAGUCUUUCGGUACCAAAAACACUACGUAAAACAUUAAUGAAAAAUGUGGCCCCCGUUUUAAAAAAGAUUCAAGCGUUUUAUAGAUGCGAAACCUAUGAUCACUCUCUGACCGCCCAUAACAAUCAACCUUCCAGAAAUAUAUUACUGCUCUAAUGUGCUUCUUUUUCGGAUAUAUCAACUACUGACAGUAUACAUAAACAGAUAAGAUAUAAUAUUGUUAAUCAUCUUUAACAACCUAAUCAAUAAAACUGAAAUUAGAGUUGAGUACAAGCCGUGUAUAAUGAACUGUGGAAGUCUCUGUGUACUUGAGGCAAAACUUAAAUGUUUUUGACUAUUUGCAGUGAAAUUGUAAAAGCAAAGAAAGAAAGAAAAGAAAAGGGGAUUUGGUGGCUAUUUUUAUUCAUUAAAGCUAAUGAAUUCAGUCCCCCCUGCUACUGUGUCUAUUGUAGGUAGUUAUUAGUUACAGAAUAGGGAGAGGAAUGAAGAACCCAGCCGACAAUAGGUAGGCUUGAUGUAGUCAGCUAGUACACUCGGUAACCAGUUAGACCAACAGGACGAUAUAGAGAAAAGAGAAGGUGAGAGUGUGUGUGUGCGCGAACAUGUGUGAGUGAGAGUGUCUGUGAGUGUGUAUGCGCGCGUAUAAAUGAGAGUGCGUUUGAGUCAGAGAGAGAGAAGAGGAUAAGAAAGGAGAGAGAGGGGUUGAUAGGGAGAGAGAGACAGACAAAGAGAAUGAGAGAGAGCCUAAGGUAGUCAGUGAGUGAGUCAAUAAUGCUACAACACUCUAUUCACCACAUAGAAAUAGGAGUACGAGAGAACGGCGAGGAAUUCGUGUUGGAACUCUGUAAGAAGUUGGGGCUGUAUCGAGCUGGUUACAGGGAGACAGUUCACAGUCAACAAUGGCUAGUGAGAGCCAACGAUCGGGUACAAUUGCUGGUCACCGAAAUACGCAGUUCACCACCGAAACAAGAACAACAAAACUACGCUCGCUUGGACCAGCAACGAGACGAGGAGAUAGCAAAUGACCCUUAUUUAGUCCUAUGGGACCGGGACGUGGACGAAGGCGGGAGGCCGGUUAGAAACAGCGUGUUCAACGUGUGUCUGGCCGUGAAGGACAUCCAGCGCCAGGUGGAAAGGCUGGAGAGAUGUGGUGCCAAGAUGGAGAAACCGGUGACGGUUUUGUCCGACGCCGACGGAGAAGUGAAAGUAGCCGUGGUGAGAUCGUGCCUCGGCAAUGUCGUGCACACGUUGGUCGAACGACAGCACUACAGCGGGUUUUUCUUACCCGGUUUCACGUCGAUCCGAAGACAGGAUGUGAAAACGGACGAAGGAUACGACGAGAUUCGACCGCCGGCACCGAGGAAUCGCAUGACACACGUUGACCACGUCACGUUCGCCGUUGAGGUGGACACUUCACAGAACAUCAUCGGAUGGUACGAGAAUGCGUUCGGCAUGAAACGAUUUUAUGUGAAUAGUGCAGAAGAUGAUGGAGAAGGCUUUGUGAUCAACCUUCCAAACAUGGCCCUUCGUUUGAAGGCCUUCGAGUACUGGAAGUGUGCAGAGACAGGGGUCUCCUCCAACACAACACUUCACCAUCACAGCAAUGGUGAUGUGGGUGGCAAUGAUGACAGCGAUGAUGGAUGUAAUAAAUUGUUAUUUGUCAUUGCUGAAAGUUUGAAAGACUCAGAACCAAACCAAGUGGACACAUUUCUGAAGGAUCACAAAGGCCCAGGGAUCCAGCAUGUUGCCCUUCAUACAGGGGACAUAGUCGACACUGUCAACCUUCUGAAACUACAGGGUCUACAGUUUGUGGACCCUCCACAUACUUAUUACAAAGAGAUAAAUGGAAUGUUGAAAGAUUUAAACAUGAAGGAAUCAGUUUCAAGACUGGAAGACCUUGGUAUCUUGGUUGAUGUCGAGUAUGGUAACGAUAAAAACCAUGGCGAUAACAAGGCAAAGUAUCUGCUGCAGAAGUUUACGAAACCAAUCUUUGAGGUGAACACAUUCUUCUUUGAAAUCAUCCAAAGAAUGGGAGCCACAGGGUUUGGUGCCAACAAUAUCAUAGCACUCUGGAGGUCCCUACAAGCUCUGCUACAAACAGAACAACAACAACAUGAUGUGUGAUACUUACGUACACACACUUUCACUCAAACACACACACACAUGCCUAUAUUAUUGCUUGUGGUGGUGGAGGUGGUUGUUGUGAUGCAGAACUAAGUUAGUAAAUACUUGGGUGAGUGGCUAGGUGAGUUGAGUGUGAGUAAAGGUGUUGCAGAGUUGGGUGGUGUAACUGAGCAUGAGUUGUGGAGGUGUUGAGCAGUUGGGAGGUAUAAUAGAGUGUGAGUGGAGGUGUUUUGGAGUUUGGCGGUGUAAUUCAGUGUGAGUGAAUUAUAACUGAAUCUGAGUGGAGGUAUGCUGUGUGUGAAUUGUAAUUAAGUCUGAGUGGAGGUAUGCUCUGUGUGAAUUGUAACAGAGUCUGAGUGGAGAUAUGCUCUGUGUGAAUUGUAACAGAGUCUGAGUGGAGUGGUGUUGUAACUGAGUGUAAGUGGAGGUUUGCUAUAGAGUUGAGUGGUAUAACUGAGUGUGAGUUGAAAUGUUCUGGAGUUUGGUGACGUAACUGAAUGUGAGUGGAGGCAUUGAAGAAUUGAGUAGUAUGUCUGAGUAUGAGCGGAGGUGUAUUGUAGAGUUGGGUGAUACAACUAAGUGUGAGUGAGAGAUGUUGUAGAGUUGGGUGGUGUAACUAAGUGUAAGUGGAGGUGUUGAGGAAUUGGGUGAUGUAACUGAGUGUGAGUGGGGCUUGGGUGGUUUUAGUUAUUAAUCUUUUUUAUUGUUUGUUUCAUUCAUUACUUUAUCACAAUGUACCUUGUCAUAAGACUGCUGAGUGAAGGCUAACUUAGGGGGUCACACAUCACUGCCAACACCACCACCACCUCAAUGUCUAAAGAAUAUUUUCCAAAAAAUAAAAUGUUCUGUUUUUACAUAAUACCAAAUAUUGUUUCGUUGUUCUUCAUGGAAUUUGUCAAGGAAUUCUCUAUAAUAUUGACUCUAAUUUCUACCAUUUGUCCUUAACUACCACAAAUAAAAAAAUCUUUUGCUUUUAAAUGUUUUCUGAUUCACCUUUGACAUAAUUACCUGUAAAAUGUUCAACAGAGGUGAUGAGGAGUCAAAAUGUACUCCUCAAAGUACAAGAGGGUGAAUAUAAGACAGAUCAUGAACAAAGGCUUGGCAAGUGGGGGGGGGGAGUAUUACAAGAGUGUGAAACUAGAAUGGCAGAUUAUUAGAGAUGGGGGACAAGAAUGAACUUUUUUGCAGAAAGGAAAUAAUGGCUUGCUUCUAAUUAUGAGGGGGUGCUGAAAAGUUCCUGGCUUUAAGGGUAUCACAAAAGGCCUGGUUGGAGGCCCAACCUUCCGAGUUGUUUUAAAGGGUUUAGAAAAACUGAAGGACCACUGCAAUAAAUAUGUGAGUUUGAGAGGGGAGUAUGUUCAAUAAAAUCAUAAUUAACUAAUCUUGUAGUUUCUUUUAUCCAAAGCCAAGAACUUUCCAGAACCCCCUUGUGCUUGAGUCUUCCAGAUUUUGAAAUGAAAACUAAUACCAGCACAGGUGUAGCUGUGUGGUAAGAAGUUUGCUUCCCAGUUGCAUGGUUUCAGGUUCAAUCCAACUGUGUGGGAACCUUGGGCAGCUGUCUCCUACUGCAGGCCAAAGCCUAUUGAGUGGAUUUGGUAGACGGAAACUUAAAGAAGCCUAUCGCAUAUAUAUGUGUGUGUGUUAGUGUUUCCUUGUCUUGACAUCACAUGAUAGUUGUCAACAAGAGUUUUUCAUUAGCAAUCUUCCUUGAAAAUAUGUCUGGUCACAGGGAAAUGGGUAAGGGUUGAUGACAGGAAGGGCAUCUAGCUGUAGAAAAUCAGUCUUAACGAAUUCCAUCCAACACAUGCAAGCAUGGAAGAGUGGACAUUCAGAUGAUGAUGAUCUGUGCCUCUAGCAACACCAUUCACUGAUGCUGCAGGGGCAGCAUCAGCCAGCUCCCCCUACCGGAAAAAAUAUAUUAAAAGCGGACCGUUUUCCCUGUCUGGAACAUAAAAAUAUAUAAUUAAUCAAUAAAUGCAGCUGAUCAAUAAGUUGUUACUUUAGUUAAUUGGGAGAAAGAAAAUAUGUUUUUUUUUGUUUUGUUGUUUGCUUGUUUUUUUUUAUUAUUAUUUGUUGCUCCCUCCAUUUCCACCAUCCCCACCUUUUGCUUUGUCUGCACUUUGUACUUAACGGUUUAUAAUUACGAAACACUGCAAUCAUGGCUGAAAGCAAAAUGCUGUGUAUUUAUUAAAAAAUAUAUCUUUUGUGUAGAUUUGUAUUGAAUAAAGCUUAUACUGUAUAUAUACAGACACAUCAUCAUCAUCAUCA